UUUCCAAGGUGUUGAAAUUGAGAAGAGACCCGACUUUACUCUCCCCCCUCCCUCUCUAUUUCCCUACUCUUAUAUUUGAAAGACUCCCACAGCUGGGCUUAAACUCGGGAAUAUCUCCCAGCACAGCAAAGUUGGAGGUCUGAAGCUGCAUCUUGGAGCUGCAAGAUUGCUGAAAACGAGUCUCGUCUAAGGAUAAAACAUUUCUGUACCACUGGCUGGGUGUAAUGCAAGGAAGGGACAAAGAUGAAAUGGAAACAUGCUCCUGUUUUGGUCAUGAUAUCACUCCUCAGCUUGUCCAAAAAGCAUCUGUUGCUGACACAGCUUAUUCCAGACCCUGAAGACCUAGAGAGGGGGAGCGACAACGGGACUCCGAUCCCCACCUCUGAUAACGAUGACAAUUCGCUGGGCUACACAGGCUCCCGUCUUCGGCAGGAAGAUUUUCCACCUCGUAUUGUUGAGCACCCUUCAGACCUAAUUGUCUCAAAAGGGGAACCUGCAACCUUGAACUGUAAAGCAGAAGGCCGCCCCACGCCUACUAUUGAAUGGUACAAAGGCGGGGAGAGAGUGGAGACAGACAAAGAUGACCCGCGCUCACACCGGAUGCUGCUGCCCAGUGGAUCUUUAUUUUUCUUACGCAUCGUGCAUGGACGCAAAAGUAGACCCGAUGAAGGGGUCUAUGUCUGUGUAGCAAGGAAUUACCUCGGAGAGGCUGUGAGCCACAAUGCAUCGCUGGAGGUAGCUAUCCUCCGGGAUGACUUCAGACAAAAUCCUUCGGACGUCAUGGUGGCAGUGGGAGAGCCAGCAGUGAUGGAAUGUCAGCCUCCACGAGGCCAUCCUGAACCCACCAUUUCAUGGAAGAAAGAUGGCUCACCGCUGGAUGAUAAAGAUGAAAGAAUAACGAUACGAGGAGGGAAGCUCAUGAUUACUUACACCCGUAAGAGCGAUGCUGGCAAGUAUGUUUGUGUCGGGACCAACAUGGUGGGAGAACGUGAGAGUGAAGUAGCAGAGCUAACUGUCUUAGAGAGACCAUCAUUUGUGAAGAGACCUAGUAACUUGGCAAUAACGGUGGACGACAGUGCAGAAUUUAAAUGUGAAGCCCGAGGCGACCCUGUGCCUACAGUAAGAUGGAGAAAAGAUGAUGGGGAACUGCCCAAAUCCAGAUAUGAAAUCAGAGAUGAUCAUACCUUGAAAAUUCGGAAAGUUACAGCUGGUGACAUGGGGUCAUAUACCUGUGUUGCAGAAAACAUGGUUGGAAAAACUGAAGCCUCAGCUACAUUGACUGUCCAGGUUGAGUCUGAGCCUCCACACUUUGUUGUCAAACCUCGUGACCAGGUUGUUGCCUUGGGACGAACUGUAACUUUCCAGUGUGAAGCAGCUGGAAAUCCUCAGCCAGCUAUUUUUUGGAGGCGAGAAGGGAGUCAGAAUCUGCUUUUCUCCUAUCAACCACCACAGUCAUCUAGCCGCUUUUCAGUCUCCCAGACGGGUGACCUCACCAUUACCAAUGUCCAGCGAUCUGAUGUCGGUUAUUAUAUCUGCCAGACUCUAAAUGUUGCUGGAAGCAUCAUCACAAAAGCCUAUUUGGAAGUUACUGAUGUGAUCGCAGACCGACCUCCCCCAGUCAUUCGACAGGGUCCUGUGAAUCAGACUGUUGCCGUAGAUGGUACUAUAGCGCUCAGCUGUGUGGCCACAGGCAGUCCAGUGCCCAUGAUUCUGUGGAGAAAGGAUGGAGUCCUAGUUUCAACCCAAGAUUCUCGAAUCAAACAGCUGGAGAGCGGCGUGCUACAGAUUCGAUAUGCUAAGCUUGGUGAUACAGGUCGGUACACCUGUAUUGCAUCAACCCCCAGUGGUGAAGCAACGUGGAGUGCUUACAUUGAAGUCCAAGAAUUUGGAGUGCCAGUACAGCCACCUAGACCAACGGACCCAAAUUUAAUCCCUAGUGCACCCUCAAAACCUGAAGUUACAGAUGUCAGCAGAAAUACAGUAACAUUGUCAUGGCAACCAAAUCUGAAUUCAGGUGCAACUCCCACGUCUUAUAUUAUAGAAGCCUUCAGCCAUGCAUCUGGCAGCAGCUGGCAGACUGUAGCAGAGAACGUGAAAACGGAAACUUUUGCCACGAAAGGACUGAAACCGAAUGCAAUUUACCUUUUCCUUGUGAGGGCAGCUAAUGCAUAUGGAAUUAGUGACCCAAGCCAAAUAUCAGAUCCAGUGAAAACACAAGAUGUUCCCCCAACAAGUCAGGGGGUGGAUCACAAGCAGGUCCAGCGAGAACUGGGGAAUGUCGUCUUGCACCUCCACAAUCCAACCAUCCUCUCUUCCUCUUCAAUCGAAGUACACUGGACAGUGGACCAACAAUCUCAGUAUAUUCAAGGUUAUAAAAUUCUUUAUCGGCCAUCUGGAGCCAACCAUGGUGAAUUGGACUGGUUAGUUUUUGAAGUGAGGACCCCAACCAAAAAUAGUGCGGUCAUCCCUGACCUCAAAAAGGGAGUCAACUAUGAAAUUAAGGCUCGACCUUUUUUCAAUGAAUUUCAAGGAGCAGAUAGUGAAAUCAAAUUUGCCAAAACUCUGGAAGAAGCACCCAGCGCCCCACCCCAGAGUGUCACUGUAUCAAAAAAUGAUAGGAAUGGAACUGCGAUUCUUGUUAGUUGGCGACCACCUCCAGAAGACACUCAGAAUGGAAUGGUGCAAGAAUAUAAGGUUUGGUGUCUGGGCAAUGAAACUCGCUACCAUAUAAACAAGACGGUGGAUGGUUCUACGUUGUCUGUGGUCAUUCCUUCUCUGGUUCCUGGCAUCAGAUACAGCGUGGAGGUGGCAGCCAGCACUGGGGCUGGUCCCGGGGUCAAGAGUGAGCCACAGUUCAUCCAGUUGGAUUCGCGUGGCAACCCCGUGUCGAAUGAGGACCAGGUCAGCCUUGCCCAGCAGAUCUCUGAUGUGGUGAAGCAGCCUGCUUUCAUUGCUGGAAUUGGAGCAGCCUGCUGGAUCAUUCUCAUGGUCUUCAGCAUCUGGCUUUAUCGACACCGGAAGAAGAGAAAUGGGCUGACUAGUACUUAUGCGGGUAUCAGGAAAGUCCCGUCUUUUACCUUCACACCAACAGUAACUUAUCAGAGAGGAGGAGAAGCUGUUAGCAGUGGAGGAAGGCCAGGACUUCUCAACAUCAGUGAACCUGCCACACAACCCUGGCUGGCAGACACAUGGCCCAAUACCGGCAACAAUCACAAUGACUGCUCCAUCAGUUGCUGCACUGCCGGCAAUGGGAACAGCAGUAGCAGCCUGACUACCUACAGUCGCCCAGCUGAUUGUAUAGCAAAUUAUAACAACCAACUGGAUAACAAACAAACAAAUCUGAUGCUCCCUGAGUCAACUGUUUAUGGUGAUGUGGACCUUAGUAACAAAAUCAAUGAGAUGAAAACCUUCAAUAGCCCAAAUCUGAAGGAGGGGCGUUUUGUCAAUCCAUCAGGGCAGCCCACUCCGUAUGCUACCACCCAGCUCAUCCAGUCAAACCUCAGCAACAACAUGAACAAUGGCAGUGGGGACUCCAGCGAGAAGCACUGGAAACCACCAGGACAGCAGAAACAAGAAGUAGCACCAAUUCAGUAUAACAUCAUGGAGCAAAACAAGCUGAACCAAGAUUAUCGAGCAAAUGAUACAAUCCCUCCAACCAUUCCCUACAACCAAUCAUAUGACCAGAAUACAGGAGGAUCCUAUAAUAGUUCAGACCGGGGCAGUAGCACAUCUGGGAGCCAGGGGCACAAGAAAGGGGCAAGAACACCUAAAGUGCCCAAACAGGGUGGCAUGAACUGGGCUGACCUGCUUCCGCCUCCCCCAGCACACCCUCCUCCCCACAGCAACAGUGAAGAGUACAAUAUUUCUGUAGAUGAAAGCUAUGACCAAGAAAUGCCAUGUCCGGUGCCACCAGCAAGGAUGUAUUUGCAACAAGAUGAACUGGAAGAAGAUGAUGAUGAGAGGGGCCCCACUCCACCUGUGCGGGGAGCAGCUUCUUCUCCAGCUGCGGUGUCUUACAGUCAUCAGUCUACAGCUACUCUGACCCCCUCCCCACAGGAAGAACUUCAGCCAAUGUUACAGGAUUGCCCAGAGGAGAUUGGCCACAUGCAACACCAACCUGACAGGAGACGACAGCCUGUGAGUCCCCCUCCACCACCACGGCCGAUCUCCCCACCACACACUUACGGCUACAUUUCAGGACCUCUUGUCUCAGAUAUGGAUACGGAUGCACCAGAAGAAGAAGAAGAUGAGGCCGACAUGGAAGUGGCCAAGAUGCAGACCAGAAGGCUUUUGUUACGCGGGCUGGAGCAGACCCCUGCCUCUAGUGUCGGGGACCUCGAGAGCUCUGUCACUGGGUCCAUGAUCAACGGCUGGGGUUCAGCCUCGGAGGAGGACAACAUUUCCAGCGGACGCUCCAGCGUGAGUUCUUCAGAUGGUUCCUUUUUCACCGAUGCCGACUUUGCCCAGGCUGUGGCGGCCGCAGCAGAGUAUGCAGGUUUGAAAGUGGCAAGGCGUCAGAUGCAGGAUGCUGCUGGCCGCCGACAUUUUCAUGCAUCCCAGUGCCCUCGACCCACAAGCCCUGUCUCUACAGACAGUAACAUGAGUGCCGCUGUCAUGCAUAAGAGCAGGCCAGCCAAGAAGCAGAAACACCAGCCAGGACAUCUGCGCAGAGAAACCUACACAGAUGAUCUUCCACCACCUCCAGUGCCACCACCUGCUCUAAAGUCACCAACUGUCCAAUCCAAGGCUCAGCUGGAGGUACGACCUCUGAUGGUGCCCAAACUUCCUGCCCUGGAAGCACGGACAGACAGAUCGUCAGAUAGAAAAGGAGUCAGUUACAAGGGAAAAGAAGUUUCAGAUGGAAGACAAGUCACUGAUAUGCGAAGCAAUCAAGGUGAUCCCAGAGACGCGCAGGAACAGUCAAGUGAUGGGAAAGGGCGAGGAAAUAAAGCAGCAGCGAAACGGGACCUUCCACCAGCAAAGACUCAUCUCAUUCAAGAGGAUAUUCUGCCUUACUGUAGACCUACUUUUCCAACAUCAAAUAAUCCCAGAGAUCCUAGUUCUUCAAGCUCAAUGUCAUCCAGAGGAUCGGGGAGCAGACAAAGAGAACAAGGAAAUGUAGGUCGAAGAAAUAUUGCAGAAAUGCAAGUUCUUGGAGGAUAUGAAAGAGGAGAAGAUAAUAAUGAAGAAUUAGAGGAAACUGAAAGCUGAAGACAACCAGGGAGGCUUGCGAGAUCGAAUGUGAAAAUUAACACUCAAGAGAUCUGAUGUCUGAUGGCACGUGACACCAGAUAAAAUGAUCAGUGCAAUCAGAGUGUGCAAAUUGUCAUUUUUAUUCCUCUUACUGGAAUAUCUUUUUUUUUAAAAAUUUUUAUUGGGAUGUUAUUGUUGUUGUUUGAUCCCUGUCCCUAUGAAGAACCUCUAUGAACUCCCCUCACUGUUACAACAAACCAUGAUACCUUACUUUCCACAAAGGAAGUAUUCUUGCUUCAGUCAUCUCCCAGCAAGAGAAAACAAAAGGGUUCUUUCGCAAUUGUCCCCCCUGAGAUGGCAUUGCACUGCUUAUACGCUAAGCCAACUCCAAGUGUUGAUCAAAGAUGCAAAAUGGAUCAACCAACCUCAUGCCAAGGGCUCCGAAGAUAAUAGUCUUUCUAUAACCAACUGUUAAAGCAAAUUAAAACAUAUUCAUCUUGCCAUGAUUUUAAAAUAAGUCUUUGAUACCACCUUCUGCUGAGAGAAAUAGAGCAAAUUCAGAAGAACAUAGUCAAUGAGAAAGAAGGGGUAGAAAUACUGUAAAUACACACUCUUUGCAACCCCUGGUGGUAUUUUAUUUUUGUCUUCAUUUCAAUCAUCGAAGUAUAUUCUUAUUGGAAAUGUACUUUCGGAUAAGUUAGGGGAAAGCCAGUUGGAUCUCUAGUUCUCUAGCCAUUGUCAUAAAUGAAUCUAGCAAAAACCUUGUUCUAUUUUUCAAUCAAAAAAGCAAUUAUAAAUGCAUAUUACAAACAAAUGGAUGUCUUAAAGAACUAAUUGACUAAAGACAUCCCUAUCUUAACUGGCCUAAAUUACUUCUGGUAGUGUCAGUUCAACUUUCAGAAGUGCCACUUAAGGAAGUUUAAUCUUUUGUUUUUGUAAUGCACUGUUUUUCAUCUUUUUUUUUUUUUUUUUUUGGUUUUAAAAGCACAAUCAUUAAACUUUAUUUGUAAGCCAUUGUAACUAUUAACCUUUUUUGUCUUAUUGAAAAAAAUGUUGAGAAGCGUUUUUAACCUGUUUUUGUUAAUGCUCUAUGUUUGUAUUUGGAAUAUUUGAAUGACGACAGGUGGUGAAGUAAUGUGCAUACUUUAUUGUGGACUAUGAACCAGAUAGUUCUUACUUUUCCUGGAUUCAAGAAAAGAAAAUAAAAGGUUUAAGUUAGCUGCAGCCAAUGUACAACUUACAAGAUUUCCAUAUAAGCAUAAACAGAGGCAUUGCUUCCUCUGAAUUGCCAAAUGAUGCCCUCUGACUGUAGAUCUUUAUGAUCUUUUUUUGUUGUUGUUGUUGUUAUUAUAUAAAUUUCAUUGACUUUAUAAUUGGUGCUAUUUGAAGGGGGAAAAAUGUACGUUUAUUCGCACACGUACGAGGCAGACCCAACUGGAAAACAAAGCCAAACAAAAUUGAACCACAGGGGGAAAAAAAAAAGGAAAGGAAAGGAAAGGAAAGGAAAGGAAAGGAAAGGAAAGGAAAGGAAAAAAGCUGGUAUUCACCAAAAACUAAAUAUGUUCGGUUAGAUAAUUUGAAUCACAUAGAAAGAUGUGCAGUACUAAGGGAACAAUUCAUGUGAUUAAUGUUUUCAUUAUGUUCAUGUAAGAAGCCUCUUAUUUUUAGCCAUAAUUUUACAUAUUGAAAAUUCAAUAAUCAAAAAAGUAAUUUUGUCACAUUAUUUAUUAAAAAUGUUCUCAAAUACACCA